GGCUCCCGGGCCCGAGUGCUGGAUCCAUUAGUGUGUGGGUGGUCCCGUCACGCCCCACGUGCCGCUUGUUUCCUCGCGCAGCCUCACUCAGUAACGAGGCCGGCAGACAGGUGUGUGAAGCCAAGCAGCUCAGGGCGACACGGACACACAAACACCAUGUUACCCCAGCCUAGAGGAGGAGGAGCCCCUUCAAGGUGUUUGUAAGCGCCGCAGGCGGACAGGGAGUGAGAAAUGCGGGCGUACAGCGUGAAGGCACCAAGCUGCUGUGUUUGUUUUCACUGUCGACAACAACAACAAGAGUCCUGCUACAGCUCCGCUCACGGCUGGUGUCGGUUCAUUUAACGGCGCUGCACGGAGGAAAUCACUGGGACUAUGUGAGCAUCAUGCUCGCGGUGAGAUGCCUGCUGUUCGCUACAGUGUACGCACGGUACGCCGAGACAGCUCUGAGAGAAUGGGGGAGUCCGGAGGGAAGGCUGCCGCCCGCGGAGGAGGUCGUUCAGCCCAAGCGACUCCUGCAGCAGAUCCACACUGAGGAAGAGCUCCUGCACAGCCGACUGGACACGCGGGUCAAGAACCACUCAGCCGGUGAGCAGCCCAUCCAUUUGGCCCAGAGCAGCUUCUUGGUAAAAGCCUUUGGUACAGCCUUCAUACUCGACCUGGAGCUCAACCACAAUCUGCUGUCUACAGACUAUGUCGAGCGUCACUUUGAGGAAGACGGCCAGCUGUCACAGAAUAUGGGAGGGGAGCACUGCUUCUACCACGGGCGAAUACGAGGAGUGCCGGGGUCCUGGGCUGCUUUGUCAACCUGCCACGGCCUGCAGGGGAUGUUUUCUGACGGGAACUUCUCUUACGGGAUCGAACCUCUUGGCACUGGAGCGGAGAACAAUGACCACGUUGUGUUUCGAAUGCCUAACACUGACCUUUUUCCACCUCCCUGUCCAGGAUGCUCCAUGAACAGCACAGAGGCUAAGAUGCAGUCACACAGGCAAAGCGAAGAGGAUGGCGAGCUAAGCGAUGAAGUCAACUGGUCUACCGAAGAAAAGCCGAUACUCACAGAAGGUCUUCGACGCUCAAGAAGACAAGUGAGGCGAGGCCAACGCACCGUCCAGACUGAGACCAAGUACAUCGAGCUGAUGGUGGUCAACGAUUAUGAACUGUUUGUGCAGUUACGCCGGUCGACCACGCAGACGAAGAUUUUUUCUAAAUCGGUGGUGAACAUGGCAGAUUUGAUCUACAAGGAGCAGCUCAACACUCGCAUCGUCCUGGUAGCCAUGGAAACCUGGUCGUCUGAAAACAGGGUCGCUGUCGGCGAUGACCCGUUGCUCACCCUGCGUGACUUCAUGAAGUACAGGAAGGAGAGCAUCAAGGAGCGCGUUGAUGCUGUGCAUCUCUUCUCUGGGAGGACGUUCAUGAGCAGCCGCAGCGAGGCAGCCUACAUUGGGGGCAUCUGCUCGUUGACUCGGGGUGGAGGGAUCAAUGAGUUUGGCAGUGUGGGUCCUAUGGCCAUCACAUUGUCUCAGAGUCUUGGUCAGAACAUCGGCAUGCUAAGGAACAAGGAGCGAACAGCUGCUGGUGACUGCAGGUGUCCAGAUCCGUGGCUGGGCUGUAUCAUGGAGGAUACAGGCUACUACCUGCCAAGGAAGUUCUCUCGCUGUAGUAUAGAUGAGUAUCUGCGUUUCCUCCAGCAGGGUGGAGGCAGCUGCCUCUUCAACAAGCCCACGAAGCUCCUAGACCCAUCAGAGUGUGGCAAUGGGUAUGUAGAGCUUGGAGAGGAAUGCGACUGUGGAUCACUGGUGGAGUGCACCCUGAGUGGAGCCAACUGCUGCAAAAAGUGCACUCUUACCCAUAAUGCCAUGUGCAGCAAUGGGCUCUGCUGCAGUGAUUGUAAGUAUGAGCUGAGAGGGGUGACGUGCCGCAGUGCUGUGAAUGACUGUGACAUUCCUGAGACCUGCACGGGAGACUCGAGCCAGUGUCCCCAUAAUGUCCACAAACUGGAUGGCUACACGUGUGAAGAUGGCCAAGGUCGCUGUUAUGGAGGUCGCUGCAAGACCAGAGAUAGCCAGUGCAAGACUCUGUGGGGCUUCAACUCAGCUGACAGAUUUUGCUAUGAAAAGCUGAACUCUGAGGGCACAGAGAGAGGAAACUGUGGUCCACACUCCAGUGGCCAGGGAUGGGUGCCGUGCAAUAAACAGGAUGUUCUGUGUGGUUUGCUGCUUUGCACCAAUCUGACAGACAGACCGAGAUUUGGCGAGCUGCAGGGAAAGGUCACCAGCCUGACCAUCCACCAUCAGAGCAGAUACCUGGACUGCAGGGGUGGUCACGCAGUGCUGGAUGAUGGCUUGGAUCUGGGCUAUGUGGAAGAUGGGACACCAUGUGGGCCGAACAUGAUGUGUUUGGAGCGUCGCUGCUUCCCCGUUACCACCUUCAACCUCAGCACCUGCCCUGGAUCCUCAUCCUUGCGUAUCUGCUCCCACCACGGGACGUGCAGUAACGAGGUGAAGUGUAUCUGUGAUCCAGACUACACCGGGAAGGACUGCAGUGUGUUUGACCCGAUCCCAACCCCCACCUCGCCAGAUGGCCCAGAGAAGUACAAAGGUCCCAGUGGUACCAAUAUCAUCAUAGGCUCGGUUGCUGGGGCUAUUCUGCUGGCGGCGAUAAUCCUGGGGGGAACUGGUUGGGGAUUUAAAAAUAUCCGGAAAGGAAGGUACGAUCCCACCUUUCAGAGCUGAUCCCAAAGCUGGGACAUCAUUAAACCACUGAUGAUUAUAUCACUGUAUUGCCAUCUGUUUUGUAAGAAUCAUCUGACCUUUUUCUAAGGACUCUCACUUGUAUCUGUUACCUGCUUCUUUAUUCUUAUUUUUCCUCAUUUAUGAUCCUUUUUUUUAUUAAUGUGUAUUUGUAUAGAAACAAUGGCAUAAAGCAAUGCCACAUACUACAGUCUUUACAUAGCCUGUGCAUAUUGCAGUACCCAUUCAUAAAAUAUACAAACUCCUAUUCACUGUGUUAUCCUAGUUUGCUUCAUUUUUAUUUGUGCUGCGUGCCGCUUCAGAGUUGGUUGCCAUUCCUAGCAUAUAGC